CUGUGCCUGUUUCACAAAAGAUGAAACCCUUUGGCAACCUGUCUCCUCGCAGAUUGUCUGGUGUGAACACCUUGUUUUCUAUCUCGCUGCACUCGUAGCAGCUUCUUAUCAUAACCUCGCAUUUCCACACAGGAUUAAGUGUUAAUACGCAUACAUAAUACAUUUCCUUGGUUUAACCUGAAAAUUGUGUCUAGUUACACAGCAUGUUUCCCUUGAAGUGUAAACUCUUUGUCUACUUUAUUUCAACUUGGAAUGUCAUUCAGUUUUUGUUCUGCAGUGUAUAUUAUUAUUGUUAUUAACAGGUAAGGUGUAAUUUCUCCAAUACUUGGCUGAUCCCCCCUGCGCCUAAUAAAUAACAUCAUGUACAAUAAGUCAUGUACAGUAAGUAAUGUGUACACUGUGGACAGUUAUUCCGUAUAUUUGUGGACAUGAUAUUCGCAGCGGGCACGUGCUGAACGACUCAUUUAUUACAUGCAAUGCUUCACAUUCGGGCUCCGAGGGCCCACAAAACGCCCACAAACAGCGCGUUACGCACCACGACAACGGAGGCUCUAGCCAAGUUCUCAGGGCAACGCUUGACGUCAUCUCAACGCACGGCGAAAACGCGCCCUACUCUCGCGAGAUAAGCGCUGCCCCUCCGCCGUGUCCCGACAAGAGCGCCGUGCCAGGUUUGGAGGAAACACUACAGCUCGCAGCGUCGUCCGCUGCACUUGUAGAAAGACAAAAAAAUAAUAAUAAUAAAAAUAAUAAUGAUAAUAUGCAGUCAGUCCUGCAAAUACCAGUAUCGGCCAAAAUGUUAUUUUUCUCUAGCUACAUAACAACCUCGAUGACGUUAAUUGUGGCGGGUAUUAUUAUAAACCGAAUUUCUGAAUAAGAAUGACUUUUUUGGCCAAAUUUGCUGUGGUUCUUGACGAUUCGUUUUUCCAGAAUUUUAUGUUAUGUUUUUAAAAAACUCGUGAAUCAUCCGUAACGAUCACGACAGGAUACUGUGCUCACUGUAUAAUGCACGCUUUUAGACGCAGCUGUGAUCUUAACCGGCGUAUUGGAUACAUGCAAUGGAGGUACAAUAUAAUAAGUGAACUGAUGAACGGGGGGGGUUGGAACAGGGACGCAACUGUCCGUUUGCCGUGAAGUGGACAAAAGGGCAGGUUUGCGUGCACGUGCAGCUCGGGCCCCCCGGAGGGCUGUCAGAGACAUGAUUUGUGGACAUAACCGCGCGCCUUAUUAUCAGCUCCACUGUGUCCGAUACGUGUCAUUUCAAUACAGUCACUUGUUCGGGGAAACCCGGCGCGCGCGUGCGUGCGUGCGUGCGUGCGUGCGUGUGUGUUGGGGGGGGGGCGCUCGGAGGCGCAACGAGAAAACACACUCGUCGCAGGGGGGACUUGAAUUCUCACACGAGGGGGAGGGAGGAAGCAAAACAGCAACGACAAAGAAAAGGAGACGAGGAAAGACUGAAUAUCGGGCGGGGGGGGCGGAGACGCGCUGCGUCGAGGAACUUUUCUUGGCGGCGCGCGCGUCGGCUCGGCCCCGGCGUCCGAACGCGGAGGCUGCGUCCCCCCGCGAGCAGCGACACGGACACGAAACCCCCCCCCGCGGUCCCGUGCUCCCCCUCCCUUCAAAGAGGGGUCAAAGUUCACAGGAAGCUGGGGGGCUGCCAUUUUUCCUCGCAAACAUUUUCCGAUGCAAGAGAGGCGAGGAGCGGCGGUCGCUGCGCGCUCCUUCCUGCUGGUUUCGCUCCGCACGCGAAGUCCGCUCCGUCUCGCGCCUCCCGCCUCCGCGUGCACGAGGAGGACAUGGAGCGCGUCGCGGAGCAGCCGUGGAAUUCCUCGUACACGUACCAGGUGAGCGAGCACAGCGCCGAGAUGCUGCACAACCUGAACGCGCAGCGCAAAGAUGGAGGCCGCUUCUGCGACGUGCUGCUGCGCGUCGGCGAGGAGAGCUUCCCCGCGCACAAGGCGGUGCUGGCGGCGUGCAGCGAGUACUUCGAGUCGGUGUUCAGCUGCCAGGCGGAGGGCGACGGGGAGGCCAAGGAGCUCGAGAUGCACACGAUCAGCCCCAAAGUUUUUAAGGACAUCCUGGACUUCGCGUACACGUCGCGCAUCGUCGUGCGCCUCGAGUGCUUCCCGGAGCUCAUGACGGCCGCCAAGUUCCUGCUCAUGCGCUCCGUCAUCGACAUCUGCCAGGAGGUGAUCAAGCAGUCCAACGUGCAGAUCCUCGUGCCGCCGCCGCCGUCGCGCGCCGACCUGGGCGCCUCGUUCCGCACGGCCGGGGAGCUCGGCUACCCGCUGCCCCUGGACAUGUCCAACGGCGCCGCCGCCGCUGCUGCCGCCGCCGCCGGCGGGGUGCUGGCCAACGGAUCCGCGUUCCCCGGCGCGGCCAACGGCCAGGGCCACGACGGCGCGGGCGCGCUGCUGUCGAGCGGCGGCUCCCAGGCGGCCGCGGCGGCGGUGCCCGUGUCCGUGUCGGUGCCGCACGCGGGCGCGCAGCCCGAUCUCCCCGGAAGCGCCUUUCCCACCGCCGCAGCUGCCGCUGCCGCCGCCGCUGUCAAGAGGGGCCGGGGGCGGCCCAAGAAGGUGGCCGCGACGACGGAGCCGCUACUCUUCGGCCACGGCCUCGCCAAGGAGGCGAGUGUGUUCCCGUGCGGCGUCUGCGGCAAGAUCUUCACGGAGGCCGUUCGCCUGCGGAACCACGAGGCGCAGCACGCCGCGGCCAGCGCGCUCCAUGGCGGCGGCGGCGGCGGCGCGGACGGCCCCGUGGUGGGCGCGGGCGCUGCCGGCUUGGUGCCCCACGCCGCCGCCGCCGACGUGCUCGAGAACGGCGUGGCCGCGGACGGCGGCCGCAAGCGCGAGAGGACGCGGCGGCACGUGGGCUGCGACCUGUGCGGCAAGGUGUUCCGCGACGUGUACCACCUGAACCGGCACAAGCUGUCGCACUCGGGCGAGAAGCCGUACGCGUGUCCCGUGUGCGGCCUGCGCUUCAAGCGCAAGGACAGGAUGUCCUACCACGUGCGCUCCCACGACGGCUCCGUGGGCAAACCGUACGUGUGCCAGAACUGCGGGAAGGGCUUCUCCAGGCCGGACCAUCUGAACGGACACAUAAAGCAAGUCCACACGUCCGAGAGACCCCACAAGUGCCAGAUAUGCAACGCCUCUUUUGCGACGAGAGACCGGUUGCGCUCCCACCUGGCCUGCCACGAGGACAAGAUACCCUGCCAAGUGUGUGGGAAGUUCCUGCGGGCGGCGUACAUGACGGACCACCUCAAAAAACACAGCGAGGGUCCGCACAACUACUGUGGCAUAUGCAACAAAGGUUUCUCCACCGCCUCCUACCUUAAGGUGCACGUAAAAACGCACCACGGCUCUCCUCUUCUACCCGCCGCCACUGCGCAUUCCUUCCCCGAGCCCCGCGAGUCUCAGACGCACAACGGCGCCCCCUACCACUCGGGACGCCCGUGCGCAGUGGAAGACCUGUGCACCAGUCGCCGGCUGCUGGUCACAUUCCCUGAGGCGGAGGGCCGUUUCCGCGGGCUGACGGGGCCCCCGGUGCUGCCCCCGCCUUGUGCCCCGAGUCUUGGUUUGCAGCCCGAGCUCCUCCUGGGCAAGCCCGGGGGGACUCCCUAUUUCUGGGAGUGCCGAGCUGCUGGGGCGCCGGGCUUCGCCCCACAAGGGCCUGUCGCAGAAGGGCAGGAGGACACGAGCAAGUGCCCGCACCAGGACUCUGAGAGCUCCGAUACCUCAUUCGGGGAGCUGUCCGAUGUCGGGGAGCUCAAGGUUCAGCGAAAGGCGCAGGAAGACGGCUUGGGCGCCUUCGCCUGCGGUGGCGGUGGCAGCGGGGGGCCGCAGGCAGGGGGCAGCAAAGGCAAAGGAGACUCUGACAAAAAGCAUCCGUGCAGCGACUGCGGUCAGGCCUUCCGCUCCAAGUCCUACCUCAACAAGCAUCUGCAGCGAGUGCACGGAGGGGCCCCCAAAGGGCUCUCGGGUGACCUGGCGCCUUCCCUGGGCUCCCCUUUCUCACCGCAGCAGAACAUGUCCCUCCUGGAGUCCUUCGGGUUCCAGAUCGUCCAGUCCGCCUUUGCAUCCUCGCUGGCCGACACCGAGGCCGGACACAGCGGCAUGGCAAUGGGGGGCAAGUGAACUGAAGCUGGGCUGAACGUUGCCCCUAGCCCCUCCUCGCCCGUCCCCUCCCCCCGCGCUCCUGUGCCGGAGCCUGUUCGGAGGGCAUAUUCCACUUUCGUUCACGUGUUCUCGAGACUUUCUUCUCAUGCCAGUGAACACUUGUUGUUGCCGGUGGGAUCGGGAGCCGCGAGCUUACGGAACAGUUUCCACGAGAGAAGUGUACAUAAGUACAUGUGUGUUUCCUUUCGUUCGGUGUACGCCAGCGCUGUCUGCUCUUUGCUCUCCCACCCAGUAGGGCCUCUUAAGUUGUGUUUCCGAAAAGCUGUCCAGGUGCCUUCUGUGUGCACCAGGAUCUCCAGCGACAUGUGGCUCACAUGGCAGAAGGCGGCGCAGGUCCGCGCCCCUCCCUUCCGACAGUCCCACCCACACUUAUGCUAAUGAGAUGCUAAUGAGAUUUUAAUGAGAUGCAACACGCGCUUUACAUGCACGCACAUUCGUUAAGCUGGCAGUUGUGAAAUCCGCUCUUGUUUUUGUUCCCGGUAUUUAAGUCUAUUUUAAUGUCAGUACGACUCAUGACACGAGUUAUGUUAACUUCGCACGAUUAGUUAAUGCAGCGUUUCACAGCUGGUUGGCAGAUGAGCACUUGGGCCCCAGUAGUCCGCGCGCGCGCUGUGUCCCCCGUCGGCUCCUCAUGGUUUUGGGAAAAACUAAAAAGGCUCGUCUGUGAAAUCGAUGAACCGAGGGCGGGGUUUGGGGUGAAGGGGGACGGAAUCCCGCAAUCCGCCAUCCGUUUGAAAAGCACUUACCAACCAAGUCUCUUAAAAUCGAAUCGAAGUGAGACGUGACUCGUAGACACGUCGUCACUGUAUUUAUCGUAGCGUCUUCAAGAGCCAAGUGUCAGAACACUUUGCAAAGCGCCCGAACGAACUUGUUGGAGUAGAAGAAGGACGCGCGUUAGCGCUGCAUUCCGACACACCUCCUUCCGCCUUUUGGUCGAGCCGCUUCCCACCCGUAAUUACGGUAAAGCGGAGGGGCGGUGGGCGUGGCCUGUGCGCGUGGACACUCAUCUCCCGGCGGACUGCUGUUCGGCCGCAACUGCGCAUGUCCGGGUCAACUUGGUAACGGCGGGAGCGAAUCGUCCGCAGUGAUUUGGUUUUACAGCCCUGGGGUGUGUGUGUGUGUGUGUGUGUGUGUGUGUGUGUGUGUGUGUGUGUUGGGAGUGGGGGGUCACGGUCCUGUCCCCAGGCCUGCGCUUCAACUCCACAGUGGACACUCCUGCUGCCUUUUUUCCUCGUCUCCCUGACUGUAAAAAAUUGUUUUAUGUCCACCUUGGGGACAUUGGACAAAUGGUAAUUAUUUGACUUUCCUAAUUUUGCGUUUUAAAGUUCUUAUAUAUGUGGCCCAGUGGGAAAUUCCUAAUUUAUAUGGUGGCGGUCAGAAAUCAAAUGGCCAGUGUAUAGUGAUGAGUUAGACUGUGUUUUUACCUGUGUCUUUUUACCUGUGUUGGCGCUUACCAGGAGCUUUCCAGUGCUUGCAUGGAUUCUGUCACUUCUUCAUAGGAGACUCAUUUUAGUCUUAUUCUUUUCAGUCUUUUGCAAAGUGCCUUCCAAAUACUGAUCGUAAAAAACCGUUUACAACAAUAAGCUGGAAAAAAGAAACGUUCAACAAACAAAACGCGGAUACUUUUGUACAGCAACAUGUACACAUGGAACCAAGAUGUACAUCUGGAAAUGUUGUAUCU